GCUGACAGUGGCCCCUGACCUGGCAAGGGGUGUACUAGAGAGACAAUAGUGUGCCCAUGUCCUCGCUGCCCCUUGCCAGCCUGUGCCCAUGUCCUCCUGCCUAUAACAAGACUCACUGCACCCACCCUGAAGUACAUCUCUCUGCAUGGCAAGUCUCAAGAGGGACCCCAGGCUCACCUACUGGCAGAGCACACUAUGUGGGGGUGUUGCUGGGGUGCUGAGCCGCACUACUACUGCCCCCCUGGAUGUAGUGAAGAUACUCACACAAGUGGGCACUUUCCACUCCAAACAGGGAUUCCUGAACACUUUCCACGUGCUGUGCAGAGCAGAAGGAGUGAGAGCCCUAUGGAAGGGUAACCUAACUGCUUGUGUGCGCCUCUUUCCUUUCAGUGCUGUCCAGCUGUCUGUCUAUAAAAGAUUAACAUUAUUUUGUAUGGAUGACUUUGGGCAAGUUACUGCAUGGAAAGCCAUUGUUGCAGGGAGUAUCUCAGGAAUGGUUGCUGCUGUUGUGAUCUAUCCCACUGAUGUCAUCAAAACACGACUAAUCGUACAGAACCGCCUAGAACCUACCUACAGAGGGAUUAUUCAUGCUUUUUGUUCCAUCUAUUACCAGGAAGGAUUCCGGGCUUUGUAUCGAGGGGUUUCUCUACCACUUAUCGGAGCAAUCCCGUUUUCCGCCAGCUUGUUCUUUAUGGACUUCAGCUUGGACAGACUGUGGCAAGAACCUGGUAGUCAUCCAACCGCACUUCAGAAUUUUAUGAAAGGUUGUUUAGCAGCAGCCGUGGCACAGUCGAUAUCUUUCCCCUUCGACACAGUAAAAAGGAAAAUGCAGGCUCAGAGUCCCAUCCUCCCUCAUUAUGGAGGAGUAGAUGUCCACUUCAAUGGGAUGUUUGAUUGUUUUAGGCAAACUGUCAAGUUAAAAGGAGUGUUGAGUCUUUGGAACGGACUCACAGCAAACCUGAUAAAGGUUGUUCCUUACUUCGGCCUGAUGUUCUGUACUUUUGAAAGCUGUAAACGGUUCUAUCUGUAUCAAAAUGGUUAUAUUGUUUCGCCACUGAGUUACCAGCUCACCCCAGGAGUUGAUCAGAGCUUACGGCCACAGGAGCUGCAAGAACAGCGCAAGUUUAUUAGAACCAAGAGCUAUUCCAAUCCUUCUCUGAAAAGCUAACCUGGAGGGUCUCCACUCGGAAGACCACUGUAAAAGGAGGACUUAAAGAAGGGAAAACAAACAUCACCAGUGGUUCAUGUGGCAUAG